AUGAUCGCUUCAUGUGUGUCACCAACCGACCCAAUUCUCGCGCAAGCCGUCGUUGGUGGCCCAUGGGCCGAAAAACAUGUUCCGGCACAUAUCAGACAUAUGUUACAGUGCGAAUCAGGGUGUAAUGAUGGUGCUGCCUUCCCUUUUCUGUAUUUGGCUUAUUAUCUUACAGUGAAUCGCGGACAAGUGGGUUUUCCAGUGGGAAAAUGGUUUUAUCUCGAUCGAGAAAGUUUUGUCGCACAGUACAUUAGUUUGGCCAUGGCGAGUAUGGGUUUAAAUGUAUUGAUCGGAAGUGACGAUUUACUUGCUGCCUUUGCAUGUGGUACUGCCUUCGCUUGGGAUGGAUGGUUUCAAAAGCAAACAGCAGAUUCAAACUUCUCAAGUAUUGUGGAUUUGAUAUUCAAUAUUGCAACGUUUAUUUACAUCGGUGCUGAGAUGCCCUGGAGCCAAUUCACCAAUGCUGCACAACAUUUGAGUGUUGGCAGAUUGAUUGGUUUGAGCAUAUUAGUUUUACUUCUUAAGCGCAUUCCAAUUGUUGUCGCACUGUGGAAGUAUAUUCCUGAUAUUAAGACAUUUCAUGAAGCCCUCUUCUCCGGCUACUUUGGACCCAUUGGUGUCGGUGCGAUUUUCAUGUGUACAUAUGGGCGCCUUUUACUACCAGAGGAAGUCCCACUUCCGCCAGAAACACCUAAUGAUGUUCUUACUGUCACAAUUCAGCCGAUUGUAUACUUUUUCGUCCUCACUUCUGUCAUUGUCCAUGGAUUUACUAUCCCAUUUUUCGCUUUUGGUAAAAAGGCACACGUGAAUCUGAAUCGAACAUUCACCCAGAAUCUCACAACCACGGGAGGUGACUCGAGUUGGAUGAACCGCGUUCGACGCUUCAAUACAACAGCUACAACCAACGUAUCUGGGCCUCAAGAAGGGCAAUUAUCGGUUGUUCAAGCCAUGCAAGAGGGACUAAAGCGUCGUAAAGAGCAAGGGCUACCUGUCGAUGAGGACGCCGAGAAGGAAAUUGUCGCUCAAGUGCUACCUAAUGCAUCAGAAGAAACAAAGAGCAAUUAUGCAUCGAUACUCCCUCGCACAAUGACAGUAGACGAUGUGGAAGAUGUACAAGUCUCUGGCGAAGACGAUUGGGACGGAGAUGACACACCAGAAGCGCGACGUUUCAGAGAAAAGGUUCGAUUGCAAUCGGUCGGCGAGCAAGAUAUUGCCGAUAUCCAUCAUCACAAUGACAUCGACUUAGAAAGCCAGACUGUCGAGGAUAGGGAUGAAGACUCUAAGUAUCCGCAAGUUGUUGAAUGGAUUGAAGGUCAUAAUAUUGUCAUCAACAUCACUGAGAAGGAACUGGACGAACCAGAGACCAUUGUCAUUCCUAUUCAUCCUGAUGACUACGAGGUAAUUAAGGAAUCACAAAGCCCAUUGCGGUCUUUUAUUCAAAAAUAUGAAGACAAGCUGACUGGGCAUUUGGGCUGGCAAGAAAAGCAAAAAUUGUCUGACUUGAGUGUAAGAGAUAUUCAACGGAGAAAUUUGGUCAGAAAGAUCGCUGAUAUCACCCAGAAAUAUCAACACCGGUUUGAAGCCCAAAGGAAUCGACACGCUGACAUCGAAUCGUCUUCACAUGAUGGUCCUGAGGUGGUCACUGUGCGUCCUGAUGGAAGCAUUGUAAAUUUGUAG